GCAACACUCUCAAAAGGCUCUCUCUCUCUCUCUCUCUCUCUCUAUCUCUCUCUCUCUCUCUCAUGGGGAGAGCACCUUGUUGUGAGAAAGUGGGGUUGAAGAGAGGGAGAUGGACGGCUGAGGAAGAUGAGAUCUUGAUGAAAUACAUUCAAGCUAAUGGGGAAGGGUCAUGGAGAUCCCUACCCAAGAAUGCAGGGUUGUUGAGGUGUGGGAAGAGCUGCAGAUUGAGGUGGAUUAAUUACCUAAGAGCUGAUUUGAAGAGAGGGAACAUUUCUCCUGAAGAAGAGGAACUUAUCAUCAAGCUUCAUGCUUCUUUGGGAAAUAGGUGGUCAUUGAUAGCUGGGCAUUUACCAGGAAGGACUGAUAAUGAAAUAAAGAAUUAUUGGAAUUCCCACUUGAGUAGGAGAAUUCACAUCUUUAAGAGGCCCACCAAUGAUGGGGUCCCUGUGAUCAUGGAUAUUGGAAAAAUCAACGGUCGACCAAAGAGAAAGGGUGGUAAAACAAGUGGGACAGCUACAAAGAACAGCUCCAACAAUGUAGCAACAAGGAAAGAGAGAAAAGAAACCAUGGCCCACCUAGAGAAAGAGGCAUCAAAUCCUACCUUAGAUCAAAAUGAGGAGAGUGAAAGUAUGGUUUUAGGCAGUGUGGGGUCAUCUGAAGAGAAAGAAGGUGGGGUUCUAAGCCCACAUGAAGGGUCAGCUAAUGGGCCCAUUUGUUCUGAUGAAGGGAUGGGAAGUGGGAUAAUGGAUCCAAAUGAGGAGACAGAAAGUGGGGUCUUGGAUCCUAACCAAUUGCUGGAAAAUGGUUUCUUAUGCCCUGAUGGUGGGAUAGAGAGUUGGAUGGUGGACCCUGAUGAGGAUAGAGGAUGUGGGGUUUUGGGUACAAGUGAGGAGAGAGAAAGUGAGGCUAUGGUUGGUAAGGAGGAGAGAGAAAGUGAGGCUAUGGGUGGAAAUGAGGAUGGAGGUGAGAGUGAUGGAUGGUCUUCUUCCAUGGCCCAUGGUUUUGAUGAUGUGGGGUGCUUGCAAGAUGAAUGGUUGGAUUGGGAGUUGGAUGGUAGGAUGAGGGAUGAUGGAGGGGAGACAUGGCAAUGGCUGUGGGAGAGUGAUAUUGAAGAGCUGGAGCAUGAGAAGUUUGCCACUUGGCUUAUGUCUGCUGAUACAAAUGUUUUGUGAAGGGAUUGUAAUAAAAGCACAGAGCAUGACUUAUGUGGUCCAGAUCCUACACAUGAAACGUGUACCCAGCAUCAUCCAUCCAUUUGUAGUGGCCACAUAUCUCGAUUCUGAUCAGCGGCGAGAGAUGUUUGGUACACAAUCUCUUGUGUACUAUUUCUUGUGUACCAAUUGGCACACAAUAUGUAUAACAUGGUAUCAAUAAAGAUUUGUGACCGUUUGGUGUGA